UGUGUCGUAGAAGAAACAUACGAUGGCCUUCUUCAAAGUGUGCGUCGCUUUAGCUUUAGUAGGUGUAGCGUGUGCUUCUCCUGCCAAACCCGCCUUCUGGAAGGGUACACCAUUGGACUCCAGUGUUGAGGAGAUGAGAUCUUUGUGUGCUGAUGACGAUCCAAUUGCGUGCUUCAAACUCAAAGCCAUCACGUUCUUGGAUGGCUUCUUCCAAAACGAUAACGUUCAACUGUCGGAAGCUGUAGAGAUUACCAGGAACAGCUACCGUGCCAAUGAAGUGUCUGCUAGAGGAGACGGUUCAAUUGAGAACAACGUUGAAGAGUACAUCAAGAGCCACGACGCCACAUUCAAAUUGCCCGCCGUCGGUUCCGUCACUUUGGCCGCCAGGAACUUGGACAACGACGAAAUCGACUUCAAAAUCAACUUCGGCAACGGCGUACAAGAAGCACGUAAAUCCAAACUGAAGAAGAUCUUCAUCCCCAUCUUGGUGUUCGUGCUCCUUAAAGCGAUGACCUUGGUGCCACUCGCCCUCGGUGUCUUGGGACUGAAGGCCUGGAACGCCCUCCAACUGUCCUUCCUCUCCUUCGUCGUCUCCGUCGGUCUGGCCAUCUUCCAGCUGUGCAAGAAGAUCGCCACCGACAACGCUCAUCCUCAGAUCGCCGCUCAUGGACCGUGGGAGGCCCAGCAGUUCGCCAACCAGUACAUCCAGAGGUCGUUCGACGGUGCUCAAGACUUGGCUUACUCGGCUUACGCCCAACAAUAAAAGACUUGAUUAUUUAUUUAAUUUAUUGAAUGUUAUUUAUUGAAUAAAGCACGAAAUUUGUU